UCUAAAGUUAACAAAAGAAGAAAAAGAAGCCCUUGUUACAUGCUUUUAGCCCGAUCUCUUGUCACUUUGUUGUCUGAAAAGCAGAUAAUUGAAACCCUCUGAAGUUUUUCACAUCGUUUAAAAUCUAAGUACCUUUGGCUUAUACAAGUUCUUUUGCAAAAGACCCAACAAGGAAUAAAAUCUAAGACAAAAAAAGAGAGAGAUGGAAAGUAGUAUCGGUGAAGCAGGAGAAGUGAGAAGAGUGAAAUUAGUCUAUUUCCUUAGCAGCCGUUCUGGUCAAGUUGACCAACCUCAUCUCUUGUCUGUUCAUCAUAUCUCCCGUAAUGGUGUCUUCCUUCGAGAUGUGAAGCGAUGGUUAGCGGGUGUACGAGGGAAUGCGAUGCCAGACCAAUACUGUUGGUCGUGUAAACGGAGGUAUAAGAAUGGAUAUGUAUGGCAAGAUUUAUUGGAUGACGAUCUUAUUACUCCCAUCUCCGAUAAUGAAUACGUUCUCAAAGGAUCUGAGAUUCUUCUAAGCACUCCAAAGGAGGAAAAGAAAGCUUGGAAUGCAAGAAACGGUGAAAUCGACGCUAAAGAAAACCUACUGAAUCCAAAACUAACGUCGGAGAUGAUCCACAGAGAGUCUCCAGUCUUCCGCUCUCAGAGAUCGACGGCGACAACGUCGACGCUCACCGAUGAAUCCACCACAAACGAAGAAGAAACGAUCCUUCUUAAGAAACCAGGUCUGAAAAAAUUAUCUGGCGAUAGAGAUGGGUCGAGUAACGAUACAGGGUCGGGUCGACCCAGUGUAUCGUCGACAACGACGUCUUCGAGUUUUAUCAAGAGUAAGAGCCAUUCGAGCGCGCGUGUCUCGCAAGUGAUAAGGAACUUGAUAAAGUGCGGUGGUUUUGACGCAAACGAUGCCGUUUUGGUGCCUUUGAAUAAGUCUGCGUCUAGGGGUUUUGGUGCGGCUUGGGAAGAUGAACGCAGAUUCCAAUACCAACAGCACAAUGCUCGAAAAAGCUUUGAAGGGGCAUGGAAUGCCAUAAAGAUGAAGGACACGAUUGAAUUUUGUAAACCAAAAGUGGCUUCAAGCAAGCCUUCUAUGGCUCCACUAUGCUCGCAUUGUGGGAAGUCAUUUAAACCCGAGAAGAUGCAUUCACACAUGAAGUUGUGUCUAAGGAUGAAGAGUUCAUUGUCGAAGGAUGAUUUGAUGACGGGAAAUAAUAACAUUAAACCGAGGCAGCAACGCUGCAGAAACAUUCCGGGAAAUCCAUCAGGACAUCAACGUGUAGUGAGAACUACUCUCAAAGACUGAUGAUGUUUAACUAUAUGAUUGAUUAUCUAGCGGUAAUAUGUGAAUGGGCGUAGACGGAUAAACUUUUCGCUAGUUCAGUGAAUUUCUGUUUGGUGAAGCGCACAUGUUAGAUUAGAAUAGGGUCAUAAAGUGGGUUUGGUAAUCUAACUGAAGGUUUUAGUAGCUAAUUGAUCACAAUUUGAACAUUUAUGUCUUGAUGACUCAUUA